AUGUCACCUGUCACUGUCUCGACCUCGGGCAUUGGUAUUGCUCAUUUGCCUAACCAACGACACAAGAUUGUCACCAAUAAAGGAACCAACUUCACUAUCAUGGUCUGUGGUGAAUCUGGACUGGGAAAGACGACCUUUAUCAAUACACUCUUUACAACCAUUAUUAAAGAGCCCAAAGAUCAAAGCAAACGAUGGUCCAAACAAUUAGAUAGAACGGUUGAUAUCGAAAUCACAAAGACAGAAAUUGAAGAGAAAAAGUUCAAGGUCAAGUUGAGCAUUAUAGAUACACCUGGGUUUGGUGAUUAUGUGAACAGUCAUAACAGUUGGGUGCCCAUUACAGAAUUUAUUGAUGAUCAACACGAGAGUUAUAUGCGACAAGAGCAACAACCUGAUCGAAAUAAUCGAUUUGACAUGCGAGUACAUGCCUGUCUAUAUUUUAUUCGACCCACUGGUCAUAGAUUAAAGCCACUCGAUAUUGAAAUCAUGAAGCGUCUGGGUUCUCGUGUCAACCUGAUUCCUGUUGUUGCCAAGGCAGAUACGCUUACACCUAAGGAUCUUGCUGCUUUCAAGGAAAGAAUUCGCCAAGAUAUUGAAGCAAACCAUAUCAAAGUAUACCAGUGCCCGAUUGAAAGUGAGGACGAAGAAGUGACCAAACUGAACAAGGAUAUCAUGGCUGCCAUGCCCUUCUCCAUCAUUGGCUCUACCCAAGAGGUGCAGACCCCAGAUGGUCGUACAGUCAAAGGCCGUGCGUACUUUUGGGGCGUGGCUGAAGUCGAAAACGAAGAUCACUGUGAUUUUAAAAAGCUUCGACACCUCUUGAUUCGUUCCCAUAUGUCUGAUCUCAUUGAAACAACAGAAACGGAGCAUUAUGAAAAUUAUCGCCUGCACGAAAUGGCUUCCCGUAAAUUCGGUGAACCCAAGGUUGUCAAGGUAGAAAAUCCAAAACACAGGGAAAAAGAAGAAGCACUUCGAAAGGAAUUUACAGAACAAGUCAAGAAAGAGGAAAACAGAUUCCGUCAGUGGGAAGCACAGUUAGUGGCUGAACGUGAUAGAUUAAAUAAGGACCUCGAAACAAGACAUGCACAGAUCAAGGCACUUGAAGCAGAAUUGGAAACUUUAUACCAUCAGCGAAAUAGUGGUUCUGUUCGAAGAUAA